AUGAGGCUCGUGGUGGUACCCACCUCACAGAAGUGCUUGGAAGAUAGAGUGAGGCCCUAUAUAAAACACCAGCAUAGCAUAUGUGUGCAGCGUAGGCGCCUGGGAGUACAGCCAGGUAACCACAGACGAAUACACAUAGGUGACGGCGGCUUGAAUUUCCCAGCGGUGUCUUCUUUCUUUCUGGCCUUUCAGCAUCCAUUCCCAACCUCUUUGGUGACCAUAUCUCACUUUUCAUUUCAGUUUAAGAAGCUACCCCUACACAUUCUCAGCCUCUGUGAUUCAAGUGUUGCUGUUUCUACCACCAUCCCUACAAGUGUAUCUGGAACUCGAGUCCAACCAGUUAGAGGCUGUGAAUGCCUGCUUCAGGAUUUAUACUGGAAUAGGAGGAGAGAGAAACACCUCUUUUUCCCGGGGUUGCUGCUCUGCCAGGAUGCCCAGUGA